CUUUGUCCAUUUUAUAUGCCUCGCCACAUGCCUGUUUAUUCGUCAGAGAGAGUUGACUCUCAAUCAUCUAAUGGAAUAUAUCACAACUCAUUGUUGGAGGAGAGAUCCUUGAAGCAUGGAAAUUCUAGAAAUUUGAAUGUUACGGGAUCGGUUGCUCAAUGUAGUCCACUACAACAUUACAAAUCUAAAUCUUUUUAUGAGAACAAGUUGGAUGAUGUGGAUGAUUUUAGGGUUCCUACAUUCAAUCUAUCAGAAGCUGCUCUAUGCUCCAAGAAGGAUACACCUAUUCGACACUUAAUUCUUCAAUUCAAUGCUCAACAGAAGAUUCCCUAUUCUACACUUAAAUUCUUCAAUUCAAUGCUCAACUUCUCAUCGCAAGCCCUUUGAACAAACAGAUACUGCUAAUAAGAAAUCAAGAAAUUUUGGUGAAUCUGAGAAGAUGAAACAAUCUGAAGAAAGCUUAGUAAUUGCACUACCCAGAGAAAGGUCUCCAACCGCUAGAGUUCCUGAGCUACCAAUCGUCUCCAAAGUUUUAGACAGUGCUAUUCUUAGAGAUGUUGAGAAAUCACCCUGUGGAGAUACAGGAUCAUGCAGAGAACCUUACGGAAAUGAUGAUCUAAGUGGACCUAGGACUUCAAAUGUAGAAAAUGGAGAUGCUUCACAGAAGAGACACAGAACUCCAAAUGAUGUAGACAAUUGUAAUCUAGAAAACAGUGUAAAGGAAAAUGGGUCACUGGGGGUUGGAGAUGCAGAAAGAAAGGAUGAAACUUCUGAGGCCUCGAUGGAUGAUUCUUUAUCUGGCUUGGAGAUAUCUCUGGAUGAUGUUGUUGGUAUAGUUGGCCCGAAGCAUUUUUGGAAAGCCAGAAGAGCUAUCGUCAAUCAACAGAGGGUUUUUGCAAUACAAGUGUUUGAACUGCAUAGACUAAUAAAGGUUCAGAAGUCGAUAGCUGGAUCACCUUAUCUUCUCCUUGAAGGCAAUCCAUAUUUGUGCAGAUCUCCAGCGAAAAUCCCCUCGAAGAUUCCACUGCUCGAUUGUAAGAAUUCUCAAUGAGACGAAGAAAAACAGAAAGAUGAUCGCCAGAAAUCAGACCAGAAGGAACGACCAACCGAGAACAUCGCCAGAAACCCACCUCUUCCUACUUGUGAGGAGGGAGCUGAUGGAGGGCCUCACUCUGAGUAUCUACCAUCAGUUUCCGCAGCCCCAGACUACAAUCCAACUCCUUGGUGUUUCCAUCAACUGGAAAAUCAGUGGCUAGUUCUUGUUAUGUCACCUUCAAAAGGACUAAUUUACAAGCCUUAUUCAGGGCCUAGUGCACCAACUAGUGGUUUCUUGGCUCCCGUUUAUGCAAGUUGUACACCUCUCGGUUUACCUCCUUUAGCAGGAAACUUCAUGAACACUGUUUAUGGUGUUGCAGCAUUUCAUGGGUCACCAAGUUUGGGUGUUCGUGCUUCGGCAAUUACAACCAAUUACUUUCCAACUUAUGGUCCUCCCAACAUGAAUCCAACAAUCUCGACCUCCCCAGUCGAACAGGUUAGCAAUUUGGCUUGUUCUCGACCCAAUGGACAAAUUGAUUAGAACUCCAGGAGCUCAUGCAACAUCUCCCGUUCGAGGAGUGAAGCAAUCAGUGGCCAUCUUCGGAUGUUCCAAGCAUCAAAAGACACCGAGCUACAAGGAAGCUCAGCAAGCAGCCCUUGUGAGAAGGCACAAGCAGAGGCAAGAGAUGUAUUGCCCCUCUUCCCGAUGGCUCCAGCCAAAGAGAACCUUGCUCCAUCACAAUUAAGCAGUAGGGAUAAUCGAACUCGUUCCAUUAAGGUGGUGCCUCGCAACGCGAGGUCUGCGACGCAAUCAACGGCAAGGAUUUUCCAGUCAAGACAAGAAGAGCAGCAGCAACAUGGCUCAUGAUUGUGUUUGUAGAGACACAUGUUCCUGAUCGUUGAUGCCUCUCUCAAAGGGCUCAAUGGAAGUGACAUCGAUGCAUGAGACUGUUGCAACCUUGUCUCUGGCAUCAGAAGUGUCUUGCCUCUCUUCUAGUUACCUGUAAAUAUGAUAACAUAACCAAGGAGCCCUAGUGCUCACUAUUUUUGUAGCUUGUUUCAGCAUAUACAGCUCAUUACUCUACUUCUCUCUCUAUAUUUUCUGCCGACCAGAUUUGUGUAUGUUGAUGUCCUAGGCAAUUUCUCUCACUAUGAGAUUUUGUUUAUGAAUGUAAUAAUAAGUUUUACUAUGUUUCUUUC